CGAACUCUACUCUCUAGGGAAGAGUUCGACUACAACGAAACUCGAACUCUUCUCUCUAGAGAAGAGAGAAGCAAACUUCAAAAAAUUGCUGCCGUUAUACAAAUAUGCUAUUUUCCCCGAGGACGAAGAAAGACGAAAAUCAGUACUUGUUCAUUUAGAAAGACAAGCAUAUCUGACACGAUACAGAAUAUGACCGUAUGCCGGCGAUCUUCGGCCUGGAGCCAUACCACGCAUGUCUGCGUCCAGAGGACGGCGUCUACUGUCUAUUUCGAGUAGACCUCCACGCUGAUGAAGACAACGAGCUGAUGCAGCUUAUUCGUGGUUACUCGGAACAUACAGUGAAACAUUAUAAUUAUACAUAUAUACAAAGAGGUGUUUGCGUGUCCACUACAUGCCGUCAUUUUAUGCAGAACAAAACUGAAGAACUAAGUAGAGUUGAAGAUGUUGGUGGUAUCAUCGAGAGAUGCUUCAAUGAUUCAUUGUUCAAACAGUACGGGCUGCAAGCGAAGCAAUCCACUGUAUACAAUUGUGACAAACAUAAUGAAGAAAUUACAUACGAUAUGUUAGAUUGCAUUGUGGCGAUAUGUUUUCUUAUUAUUUUAGCUUUUAACAUAGCUGGAAGUUGUUACGAUUACUUCUAUCUGUCCAAAAUGGAAAAAAAUAAUAAAGAAAAUCGAUUUUUAUCAUCUUUCUCGAUCUUUCGUAAUUGGAAAUGGCUGACGGAGUACAGAGCUUCGGACCCGAGGAUGGAGAAACUGAAAGGAUUCCACUUUGUUAAAUGUAUACUAACGUUUUUCAUAAUGUUUGACCACUGCGCGUGGAUCAAUACCACAUAUACUGACUAUCCGUUAGAUUAUGAGCGAUACUACGACACGUGGGGCUACCAGCUGGUGAACGGCGGCAUGAUGCUGGUACAGAUGUUCUUUGUGCUGUCCGCCUUCACCUUCACCUACAGUCUGCUCAUAAGGAGCGAGAGGACGCCCCUCACUUGGGCCACAUAUCCUAAAAUUAUCUUGCUGAGGUUUUGGAGGUUGAGCCCGGCGUACGCGUCGGUGCUCGCGUACACCGCGAGCUGGCUGCGCCACGCUGGUGGUGGUGGUGGUGGGGGCCCGCUGUGGCAGGUGGCGGGCGGCAGUGUGGCGGACGCCUGCCAGCAGUAUGCCUGGACACAUCUCCUCUACUUCAACAACUACGUUCAAGAUAACAAGUUAUGUGCUCUUCAUACGUGGUACCUAGCGGCAGACUUCCAGUUGUUCGUGCUGGGUGUUGCAGUGGUGGUGGGCACGCGGGGCCGCAUGAGACGGGUGGCGCUGUUUGUGCUGUUUCUUGUAGGCCUCCUCCUGCCGGCGUGGCAAGUCUGGCUGCAGGACUUGGACGCCAUAGUACUAAAGAAACCAGAGUUCUUUCGCAACUUUCACAACCCGACAUUCCAAAAGAUGCACAUCUCGGGGCACGCCAACAUCGUGUGUUGUGUGCUCGGCAUCUACACCGCCCUCCUCGUCUACACCUUGCAGAACAACAAAGUGGACUUGUCAAAAAAUAAGAUGUGUUGUGCGCAGAUACUGAAGCACCUGUGCUGGAUGGUGGUGCCGGGUGUAAUGGCGCUGUUCGCGUCGUGCGUGCUCUUCUACACGGAGGAGCGCGCGCCGCUGCUCACCAGGAUGGCGGCGGCGGCCCUGCUCCGCGUCGUCAUGGCAACCAUCUCCAGCUUCGUCAUCGUCGCCCUCGUCAUGAGGAUCAACGAGCGGAUCAGCCGCCUGUUCGAGUGGGAGGGGUGGGUGGUGCCGGGCAGGCUCUCCUACUGCGUCUACCUCGUGCACCUCAACAUGGUGCACGUGCUGCUCGCGCGCAGGACGCAUCUCUCACACGUCUCCAUCUACAAUCUGGCGUUGAGUUUUGUGGGUGUGUACGGGUUGUCUCACAUGGCGGCGCUCAUGCUGCACCUGCUGGUGGAGGCGCCGGCCUCGCGUCUCGCACGCGCUGCCACCGCCACUCAUCUCAAGACCGCGUGAUACUUCACCAUACACAGAGCAAAUGGCUACUCCACUAAAGUUAUUGUUUUUUAAAUAGAUGGCGCUUUUCUUCAUAUUGUAGUGGAAUUAAUUGCUUUUUAUUUUUUUAAUAAUUUAUUAAUCAACUUAAAAAAAAUCAAUACUUAAAAUGUAUGCUUGAUGUUUAAGCAAGAUUUUGUAAUAUUUUUUUUAUUAAGUACUACAACACUUUGAUGAUUGUAACAGUUUAUCUUAAAACAAUAAAUACAUCUAUGUACAAUA